AUGUCUAAAUUACAAUUAGAUCUUGAUUUAGGCGAAGGAAUCCAUACAAAUUUUCGCACAAAUCCUGUAUUUGAAGACCAAAACGGGCAUUAUUUUUUAGAGUUGCAAAAACUUGCUGGUGGUGACCCAAGGUUUAAAUUUGAUGACAGAUUUGUUGGGGAUAUUGACCUUAAAAAAUUACCAAAAGAAUUACAAGAAAAAUACAUAAAAAAUGAAGAGAAAACUGAGCAUAAUGACGAAAAAAAGAAAAUGUUAAAGCUAUUAGGAGAAGUGGUACCAUCUUCUAAUAGGUUUAUUGAAAAAGGAAAUGCUGCACCGACACAGAUUAAAAGAUUUGACCCAAAAAGGCCAAAUGAUAACCUUGUAGAAGCUCCUGUUAAGGAAAAUAAAGAAAAAGUAGAUAGCAAAACAAAGAAAACAAAAGCAAAGAAAAAACUGAAGCAGAAAAAGCAAGAAAAACAUGUGACUGAUGACUUAAGGAAAAAAGCACCACGAAGAAAAAUAGUCCCUGUUAUAGCAAUUAAUUCUUCAGCAUUCACAAAGGAAACUGGAAGUUCUUUUAAAUUAUUUGGAUAA